CCAAGUGUGCUUGGCUGGCUUUGCCCUCCAGCCUCGUCCUCCUUGAUGAUAAGACAACUAAGGUGUCUUUGACUUACGUUGUUUGAAUUCCCUGUUUGUUCUGGGCUUAAAACAAACCCUCCUUCUUCCUUUUUCUCAACCACCUUCUCCCUAGAACCCUCAGGUUCUUAACUCACACUGCAUUUCUAGAUCCUUCCAAUAAGGAGGUUGCAGCUUCCCAUUUCUUUGAUUAAACAACUUUAACAAAGAAUUCACGGAUAAGGCAGCUCUCGUGGAGGCAGCUAAGGCGAGGCUGGAGAGCGCAGAGCCGUGCAUCGUGCCUUGCACUGCCCAGACUAGCGAACAAUACGGUCAGGAUGGCUAAAGGUGAUCCCAAGAAACCAAAGGGCAAGGUGUCUGCUUAUGCCGUCUUUGUGUAGACGUGCAGAGAGGAACAUAAGAAGAAAAACCCAGAGGCCCCUGUCAAUUUUGCAGAAUUUUCCAAGAAGUGCUCUGAGAGGUGGAAGACAAUGUCUGAGAAAGAGAAAUCUAAAUUUGAUGAAAUGGCAAAGGCAGAUAAAGUGCGCUAUGAUUGGGAAAUGAAGGAUUAUGGACCAGCUAAGGGAGGCAAGAUGAAGAAGGACCCUAACGCCCCCAAAAGGCCACCGUCUGGAUUCUUCCUGUCCUGUUCAGAAUUCCGCCCCAAGAUCAAAUCUACAAACCCUGGUAUCUCCGUUGGAGAUGUGGCAAAGAAGCUGGAUGAGAUGUGGGAUAACUUAAGUGACAGUGAAAAGCGGCCUUACGACAACAAGGCGGUGGAGCUAAAGGAGAAGUACGAGAAGGAUGUCGUCGACCGUAAGUCUAAAGGAAAGUUUGAUGGCGCAAAAGCGCCUGCAAAAGUUGCCCGGAAAAAGGUGGAAGAGGAAGAUGAAGAAAAUGAGGAGGAAGGGGAGGAGGAGGAGGAGGAAGAGGAGGAAUAAAAAAAAAAAAAGAACUGUUUAUCUGUCUCCUUAGAGUAGGGAGCACUGUCAUUGGCACCUCUCUUAUUUGAGGCGGGUCUGUUGCCCUCGUUAAGUUUAAUUACACAGCUGGGUCAUGGUCAUAUUGUAGUCUCUUCAAAGUGCUCUAGAAAUUGUCAGUGGUUUACAUGAAGCGGCCAUGGGGGUCCGGAGCACCCUGAAACGUAUCAGAGUUGUACGUAUGUCCAAACAUUUUUAUUUUUAUUUUAUAAUUUUUUUUUUAACAUUUAUUUAUUUUUGAGACAGAGAGAGACAGAGCAUGAACAGGGGAGGGGCAGAGAGAGAGGGAGACACAGAAUCUGAAACAGGCUCCAGGCUCUGAGCUGUCAGCACAGAGCCCGACGCGGGGCUCGAACUCACGGACCGUGAGAUCAUGACCUGAGCCGAAGUCGGCCGCUUAACCGACUGAGCCACCCAGGUGCCCCUCUCCAAACAUUUUUAAAAUGAGAAGGCUCUCGUGUUCUCCGCACUCUGUGCACUUUGCUGUUGGUGUGACAAGGCUUUUAGGGAUGUUUCUGCCAUUUUCCCCUUUGAAUUUGUAAGGUGGUGUUAACUCUAUGGUUAUGGGCUAGAAAUCCUGAGUUCUCAACUGUACAUAUCUAUAGUUUGUAAAAAAAAAAAAAAAAAAAAAAAAAGGACAAAACCA